GCCUGGGCUCUUUCGCCUCGCUUGGAAGGAACUUCACAUUCGCGCUCAAAGAACCGGAUCGCCUGAACACUGGUGGGAUGUACCGCUAUCUUCAGCAUCCUGGCUACACCGGGGGAGGAAUAUUGGUGUUCUGCAAUAUGGCACUGUUAGGCAGAUUCGACGGGGCACUCUGUUGCUUGAUUUGGCCGCGAUAUAUCCAGUCGUUGGUGGGUUUACAGUGGAUUAUAGAUGUUAUUUUUGUGUGCAUGUUUGGACUGGCGAUCUAUACGCGAGUUAGAGAGGAAGAACGCAUGCUCAAGGCUAAGUUCGGUGUUGAGUGGGAAUCUUGGCACACUAGGACUGCCAGGUUCGUCCCAUGGAUCAUCUAACUGACAUUGUCCUACUGCAAUGCCCAGAUUCGCUAUUC